AUCUGUACUAAACGACCACAAGAAGACUGCAUUUUGAAUUUAGGGGGUGGAAAGUGGCGCUCACGUCGUUUUCCGUCAAGAUGGCUACUAGUAGCGAUGUAACGUCUCGUCUGGUCUCCGAUGUGACGGAUUAGAUUCCGGAACUCAAAAAGGGAUUAGAUGCUCCGUUAGAGUGACUUGUUCUACAUAAAAGAACAUACAUGUGGGCUACAGGUCUACUACAGUGGUAAGUGUUUUAUUAAGUAUUGUCGUCUUCGAUCGGAUCGUCCCAAGCUCCGGGUGAGUGGGUUGUGAUCCAGCAUUGAAGGGAUGGACCGCAGAAGCGAGCAGAUGCUAGAUGUCCGACGGAUAGUCCACAGAUGAAGCGUAGGUGUAUUUUUUGGAUUUUUCGCACCGAAAUCUGCUCAUACGUGUACCAUUCUGCUAAGUUAUAGGAACAAUAAUCGAUGAAGAAUAACAUUUGCGAUAUUUUAGUAAUAAUCUUCUGUAUAAGACUAUAGUUAAAUACUAAAUAUAUAUCAGGUGUGAAUUUUACUUAGAGGCAUUUAUGAUUAAAGUAUAUUUCCGAUAAUCAUAAAUGCAAACUGAUUAAAGAAUAGUAGGACUAUCCAUCGGAAAGGAAUCUUCUAGACGCACUUGUGCUCCUGAUUGUCCAUUAUGAAUGCGAGGGGCGUAUUAAGUUUGGAUCAAGAAGUUGGGGUCAGUGAUGCCACAUUGUUAGACCCUCUUACUGAAGAAGCUUUUAUUGCCAAUCUCCAUCAACGUUUUAAACGGGACCAGAUAUACACAUAUAUAUCUAAUGCAGUGGUUUCAGUGAAUCCAUAUAAAAAACUAGCCCUUUACGCAUCAGAUAUAAUUCAAGCUUAUCAGAAGAAUAGUAUGUUUGAACUUCCACCUCAUGUAUAUGCAAUUGCUGAUGAUUCAUAUCGAUCAUUACGGGAUCAAAAUAAUGAUCAGUGUAUCAUCAUCAGUGGAGAAAGUGGUUCUGGGAAAACAGAAGCAACUAAGUUUAUACUACAGUAUUUAGCAGCAAUAUCAGGGUCAGGAAGUGAAGUAGAAACUGUUAAAAACCAACUUCUACAAUCAAAUCCACUGUUAGAAGCGUUUGGUAAUGCAAAAACCCAUCGAAAUGACAACUCCUCAAGAUUUGGCAAGUAUAUAGAUAUUGAAUUCGACUUUAAAGGGGAUCCAAUUGGUGGAAUUAUAACAAACUUUGUUUUGUUUCAGUCAAGGGUUGUAAAUCAGGCUCAGGGAGAAAGGAAUUUUCAUAUUUUUUAUCAAAUACUCAGUGGUGCUGAUGUUCAUCUUCUUAAAAGUUUGAAACUUCAAAGGAACCUUGACAAUUAUUAUUUUUUACGACAAAGUCGUUGUUCACAUGCAAAUAAUAUAGAUGACAAAGCCAGCUUUUUAGCCACCAGGAAAGCCAUGGAGCUAAUAGGUUUUAUUCAAGAAGAGAUCACUGCUGUUUUACAAGUAGUUGCAUGUGUACUUAAACUAGGAAAUAUUCAGUUUCAACCUCAGGCAAAUAUUGAUGGAACAGUAGGAUGUUCUUUAAUGAAUGAAUAUGAAAUUUAUGAUGUUUGUGAAUUACUUCAAGGAGAUUGUUCAAUAUUUCAAUCAGCAUUAACUCAACGAACAGUAGAAUCAAGGCAUGAUGUUAUAAUCACAGAAUUAUCAGCAAUGGAAGCUAAUUAUGCAAGAGAUGCCUUAUGCAAAUCACUGUAUAGCAGGUUAUUUACUUGGUUGGUUAAUAAAAUAAAUGAAAAUAUUCGGGCAAAAAGAAUGGGAAAAAGAAAAUGCUUAGGAAUUUUAGAUAUCUACGGAUUUGAAGUAUUUGAGAAUAAUGCUUUUGAACAAUUUAUCAUAAACUAUUGCAAUGAGAAAUUGCAACAAACAUUCAUAGAAUUUGCUUUAAAACAAGAACAAGAAGAAUAUGUAAGAGAAGGAAUUCAGUGGGAACAUAUUGAUUAUUUUAACAAUGCUGUCAUUUGUGAUCUUAUAGAAAAGAACAAUCAUGGUAUCUUGGCCAUGCUUGAUGAUGAAUGUUUUCGGCCAGGUCCAAUCACAGAUGAGACAUUUUUAUUUAAAUUAACUCAAGUUUGUCAAGACAAUCCAUAUUUUGAAAGUAGAGGAUGUCGUAAUUUUACAUCAGACAGCUCACUGCCACACCAGUGCUUCCGACUUCGACAUUAUGCUGGUGCUGUUACAUAUUCUGUUGUUGGUUUUAUUGAUAAGAAUAAUGAUUUUCUACAUAGAGAUAUAUCUCAAGCACUUUAUGUUUGUAAUCAUUCAUUGAUGAAAAACUUAUUCCCAGAAGGAAAUCCUCGCCGAACUACUUUUAAGCGUCCAGCAACAAUUGCAACACAGUUUAGGAUUUCAGUUAGUUCUUUAAUGAAAAAUUUACAGUCUAAACAACCUAAUUAUGUAUUAUGUAUAAAGCCAAAUGAACUAAAGCAGCCAAUGAUUUUUGAGAUGGCAUUAGUACAGCACCAAGUAAGAUAUUUAGGAUUGAUGGAAAAUGUAAGGAUAAGGAAAGCAGGCUAUGCUUAUAGAUUAGAUUAUGAAUCUUUUCUACAGCGAUAUAAAUUGCUUUCUAUUCAAACAUGGCCAAAUUGGACAGGAUUAACUGUAGAAGGUGUAAUGCAUUUGUUGAGAGAUCUCCCAAUCCAUCCAUCAGAAUAUACAUUUGGAAGAAGCAAAAUUUUUAUCAAAAAUUCUCGAACAGUAUUUGAACUAGAAGAAUUUCGGCAAGAAAGGCUUCACGAGCUUGCAGUGUUAAUUCAAAAAAUAUGGAGAGGGUGGAUGCAGAGGAAAAUGUAUGUUCAAAUGCGUCAGAAGCAAGCAUUAAUAGCAAGUAAUCUUCGUAGAUGGAAGUCAAGAGAAGAAGUUCGUGAAAGUGUGGAGGAUGAAAGAGAGGUUUUGGCAACUGAAACUAUCUACAACUACUACAUGGGCUGGAAGAGAAAAAGUUACCUUUUAUGGUUAUCUAAGCAUUUACCAUCAGAGUCUCCUUUAAGUAGGGAAUGGCCUUCUGCACCUCCUUGUCUUCGUGAAACAAGUUAUCAUUUAAGAAUAUUGUAUCAUAAGUGGCGAUGCCAUAAGUACAGAAUGCAAUUUGAUCAAACAGCUAGAAACAGAAUGAGAGAAAAAGUAACUGCUUGUUUUAUAUUCAAGGAUCGUAAAGCUUCCUAUGCAAAAAGUGUAUCUCAUCCAUUUCGUGGAGAUUAUGUUCGUUUACGUCAAAAUGUUAAGUGGAAGAAGAUGGCUGCAGAAACUGGAGAUCAAUAUGUUGUUUUUGCUGACAUCAUUAAUAAACUUACCCGUGCCAGCGGAAAGUGCCUGCAGACAUUAUUUGUUGUCAGCACCAGCUCAAUGUUGGUAAUGGACCAACGUACACUUCAAAUCAAAUAUCGUAUCCCUGCAACAGAUAUUUUUAGGAUAUCAUUAAGUCCAUACAUGGAUGAUAUUGCAGUUUUUCAUGUUAGAGCUACAGAAGCUACAAAAAAGAAAGGUGAUUUUCUAUUUGAGACUGGUCACGUUAUAGAAAUUGUAACAAAAUUAUAUCUUGUUGUUCAAAAUGCUACAGGAAAACCCCCAGACAUUAGUAUAGCAACAGAAUUUGAAGCAAAUUUUGGAAAAGAAACAGUCAUAAUCACCUUUAAAUGUUCAGGACUUCCAGAUGCUCAACCUGGUCAAGUUAAAAUCUCAAGAAAAGGAAACAGAAUGGAAGUUGUAUUAUGAAAGUUAAGGAAAUAAGUAAAUUGUUUUUAACUUUAUCACAAAUCAAAUAACUGCCCAUCUUAAAACGAACUAUUGUAUAAGAAUAGUAAUUAAUGAUACGUGCUUCCAUUGAAUCCAAGUAGUUUGCUGGGUUUGCAUGAUUAAGUGGUACGUGAUCAAAACAAAAAUAAGAAUGAUACACCAAUAAAUUCCUUCAUAACUGUGAUCAAUGAUUGCAUUAAAAGCACCAAAAAUAUUAAAUGUGUUCAAGACAACUAGGAAAUAAAUUAACUAUACUUUUCUCAAUCAAAUGGAAUCUUUUAUCAGUUUCCAUUGAUAUGGAAAAUCAAUGUUGACAAAUUGAUGCUCAGCUCAUAAUGCUGUUUUAUAUAGGAAAAAAAUUGUCAAUUAGCAAUUUUUUAUCAUUUGUGGUGCAAAUCAAUUCUUAUUUGACUCAUUACUUUUGAAAAUGAAUUGUCAUAAUGUUAUAGUUAACGUGCUCAAAUAUGAGGCUAAAUUUUAGCCAGGAAUGCAGGGUAUAAAUGAGAUUUAAUGUUGUUAUAACAAUGAAAUUGCCUUUCAUGAAUGAAUGAGGUAUGUAUGCUCAUUUAAAAACCCAUUUAUCUGUUGUAAAUAUUUUUAGUCACAAACUGUAUUAUUACAGUUCUGUAAAAGAAUUGAUAAAUUUUCAUCUUUUAAAACCAUCUUCACAUCACGCGAAUUAUUAUAAACAGAUGAAAAUCUUUAGUCUCAAUGAUAGUAUUUCAAUGAAAAAGUCAACAGAAAGAAUUUGAUAAACUCUUUUUAGAAUCAUUUGUCUUUUAUUUUCUAUUUGUCCAUUUUAUAGAAAUGCUGUCACAAUUCAACUUAAAAAAACAAAAAUACUUACUCUUUUAAUACAUUCAUGAGUUUAACCACUAGCAAUUAUAUAUUACUUUCUUCUAAAGUAUAAUCGUCCUUAUGCAUUUCACUUAAAUAUCGUAAUGAAUGAUUAAUCUACACCAUGUUCAAGGCAAGAAGAAAAAUUACAGAACAUACUGUUGGAUGUAAUCAUAAAAAAAUUGAAUUCACACUGUACAAUACAAAAAUAUUGUAUCUCAUUUAUUAUAUUUUUAAUAAUAUUAAAUAUGACAAUGAUGUUAUAAAAUAGAAGACGAUUGUUGUCAAUGCCUGCAAUUUGUUGAAAAUGUUAGAUUUAUCUAAUGAAAGUUAUCAGAUUUUAACUGUAUUAAUUAAAUCAUCAAGUAGUAUACAAAACAUUUUGUAUUUUUUUUUUUUGGUGAAGCUUAAACAGAUAUUUAUUAAUUUCUGCACAAAGUAGUCAUACUAUGCAUUAGAUAAUUCUUAGUGUUAAAUUUUUCUCCAUCUUUGUCUUAGUUUAUCAUCACAAAAUUGAUUGAACAGAGCCAAGACUGUGUUAGUGAAAAUCAAAAUAGGGACCAACAAUGCCUGAGAUUUGUCAAGAAUAAUUAUGCUGGUUCUGCUCACUGAAUUUAUGUGAAUGUGUAUAUGUUUUGUUAUUAAAAUAUUCUCUUAUAAUUUAAAUUAUUUAAGAAAAUACUAAAAUGUUCAAGUCUAGUAGUAUUGUCAAAAUUUAGAGAUUAUGUAGUUAAACUGCACUUGUAAUUGUUUCAAUUUGUGGCAAAUUUACUGAUUCAUUAUCAUAUUAUAGUACAUGUUUAAAGAGACUGCCAAAAAUCUCAUGUUUUUGAUAAC